UUUUCUUGAGAGAAAAACAAUCUCCUAGAAAAAUAAGUUGCCAAAAAAGCCCUGCUUUUCAAUCUUGAGAGUCCAACAUACAAAUUCAUAAAAACUAAUUUAUUUUUUCUCAUUCUCACAAACUACCAAAACCCUAACUUUCUAAAUUUCCUCCCAAUUUGAAGUUGGCAAUUCUCAAUCUCAGAGACUCCAAAUCUCUAAUUGAAGCAGAAUCACAACAGAUCUCGGUCGAAAUUCUUAUUACAGCGCUCGAAUUCCGUAGCAUCGCAAGGCAGGUUUUACGAUCUUACAUAGUCAUUAUGAGAUUCAAGAAGGGGGACAAAGUGGAAGUGCUAAGCCAAAAGGAGGUGCCUUCAGGAGCAUGGCAGUGCGGUGUGAUCGUCUCAGGCAAUGGCCACACUUACGGUGUUAGAUAUGAUUGGUCUCCUAACGUGGAAGGUGAGGCAAUAGUGGAGAGAGUCCCAAGAAAGGCUAUUAGGCCUUGCCCUCCGCCAGUUCAAAGUGCAGAUAGUUGGGGGGUUGGCGAUGUUGUUGAGGUCUUUGAUGUCGGUUUCUGGAAGAUGGCUAAGGUAGUGAAGGUUUUUGAUGAAAACUAUUACCUGGCUAGGCUACUUGGAUCAUCCGAGGAGUUUCGAAUGCACAAAUCUAGGAUCAGGGUGCGUCAAUUGUUGAAAGAUGACAAAUGGAUUGUGAUUGGAAAGGUAAAUUUAAGAAUAAAGCUGCCUUCCAGAAAUGAAUAUUCACCUUCUCUGGAAAACAGCAGUUGUCAGGAAUCCUAUAUUGUCUCAUCUACAUCAUUAAAGAGAGCUUGUCCGUACACUGAAGCAUAUCCCCGGAAGAUGAGAGCUAUGGAGAAAGAGUGUGAGCACCAACAAGUUUUUUCUAGGUCCCCAUCUUCACUGCUCAAAAAGGUAGAUGUUGUUGCUUACCCGGGGGAAAAGCUGGGUGAAAAAUACAUGCACGCUUCCUUUCUUUGUCCUACAACUCGAUAUUUUGAAAAGGAGAACAGACAUUUGAAUGGUGCUAAUUCAUGUUUUGAAAGAAGCUCGGAAGUUAGUGAUUUUGAUAGUGAUGCAUGCUCUAUUGAGUCUGUUGGUAGUUGCAGUGUUAAUGGUAACAAUUCAAGUAAGACAUCUGGUUAUGAUUUAGCAGGUAAUAGUGAAGAAGCAGAUACCCUUUGUAGCGAUGAAGACUCUUUUUCUAGUGGUGCAGAUCUGCAAGAAAAUGUUUCCCUUCCUCUGAAACAUGAUAUAGCCGCAACAAUUCAUAGGUUAGAGUUGCAUGCUUACCGCCGGACUCUGAUGGUAAUGCAUGCUUUGGGGUCCUUAAGUUGGGAACAAGAAGAUUUAUUGACAACACUCCGUAUGUCUUUACACAUUUCGAAUGAUGAACAUUUGAUGGAAGGCCAAGGUUGGAGGCUGGUUGCCUUGCUUCCAAAGGUCUAGAGAUGGUGCUGGGGUAUUCCAUUACAAUGGCACUAUCUAUUUUCCAAUUUCCUUCAUUUAUGGCAAAAUCUAUCACCAGAAGGUGCUCGAGUUGUUUUCUCUGGUUCUUUGAUGUGGGUCUGCUGGGACUGUGGACACAUCUUGUACCUAAGCAGAAGAGAACUUUGAAAAGGUUCCAAGACAAACUUCAUGCAGUUAUCUGAUAUUUUUUUAGUGAUAUAUCUCUUAUCUAUUACCAUUGCAUUGUUUUGCUUUGAAAAUAUAUUUAUCAAUUUUCAUGCAUCUUUAAAUUGGGAUGUCAAAUUAAGUUUUAUAUUUUUAUUCAGUGGGGUGGUUCUGGAGUUUGAAGCUAUUUUGGAAGUUACGGAGACAAAUCUUUAUGUUUGCAUUGAGUAUUGCGUUGUACAACUAGAGUCUUGUGUUGCAUAACUAGAGCUUUUGUCUCUGUUGAUUGUGAGGGAGUUGGGCCUUAAAAGGGUUUUAUCAAAGCAUCUUUCAAA